UAGCCGGCAUACGCGCAGGUCGUUGGCGCAGGCCCCGGAAACUGAAGCCAAUGAGAUGCGGUGACGUCACUGCGUAUCAGGCGGCACAGCCGCACUCGCGCCGCGAGGGGGCGAAACGAGUUCGGUUGCACCAACACCGGUACUUAGGCGCGGACCGGCGUGUCCUUGGACUGAGAGAGCUGGACGUCCGGCUUGGGAGCGGGCACCUUCGCUUCGCGCGCGACCAAAGAGCGAUUUAAAAAUGGGUGAUGUUGAGAAAGGCAAGAAGAUUUUUGUUCAGAAGUGUGCCCAGUGCCAUACCGUGGAAAAGGGAGGCAAACACAAGACGGGGCCAAAUCUCCAUGGUUUAUUUGGGCGAAAGACGGGUCAAGCCCCUGGAUUUUCUUACACGGAUGCCAACAAGAACAAAGGCAUCACCUGGGGAGAGGAGACACUGAUGGAGUAUUUGGAGAAUCCCAAGAAGUACAUCCCAGGAACAAAAAUGAUCUUCGCUGGCAUUAAGAAGGCAGGGGAAAGGGCAGACUUGAUAGCUUAUCUCAAAAAAGCUACUAACGAGUAAUAGUUGGCUGUUGCCUUAUUUAUUACAAAACAAAAAUGUCUCACGACUUUUUUAUGUGUACCAUAUUUAAAUUGAUCUCAUACACCAGAAUUCAGAUCAUGAAUGGCUGAUAGAAUAUUUUGGACAGUUCUGAUUUAAAUGAGAUUGGCUUGUGGUUAAAUGAAUAUGAUUGGCUUUUUGAACUUUGAUAGUAAUUCUGGUUCAGCAAGUGCUGUCACUGUUUUCCCCUUCAAAAAAUAUGAUUGGAAUUGAUUAGAUGUUAAGCUUUUCAGAGAUGGUAAAUGCCAUGUCUAAACUUAUAUAGGAGAUUGGUUUUAUAUUUAGAUUUAUAUAACUGGUUAUAUUAAUAUAUUUAAAUACUGAGGAAAUCCAUUAUAUCAGAACAGCAAGACAUCAGCUGUGUUUCAAGUUGUAUUUGUUAGCCUGUUAAAGGCAAGGGCUGAAGAUAAGCUGGCAACGUCCACUUUAUCUUUUUAGUCUUAACUAUGCCAAUUUAAUUAAAAUUCCCUGCAUUUAAAUGUUGCCUUUUGCUUAAUGAAAGGCAUUUUAGUGUGGUUUAUGUAUAAAAUUAAAUAAAGAAUAUUAACACUUCUCACAUUUUACAGAUGAUCUGUAAGGUCAGAUGCUUUUAAAAUUCAGUGUGAUAGGUUAUAGAAGCAGAUUUGGCUUGUGAAUUCUUUACGAAGUUAUCAUUCAAGAUUGUCUUCUCAACAGCUAUUCACAAAUACAACUGUGGAUUUACCAUAUAUGUAUGAUUGGUAAUGGUGCUUUUGCCAACUCUUUAGAGGGGUUAAAGUAAAGGAGAUAUAUCAUCACAGAUUUUUAAAUUAUGUGAUAAGGCUUAAGAAAAUUAAAAACAAAAUCACAGAUCAUGAUUUUUCUAAUGUGCUUGAUUUAAUGAUUGAUGCCAAAAUUUAAGUACAACAGUCCUAAGUACUGACGGAGCAGUGUUACUAGUCAUAGUACUGGAUUGUAUACUUAUCCCUCUAGGACAGCCUAAACUAGAACAACACUUCAGUAAUUCAUCCUUAGAGUUUCUUUGGCCAGAAUGAACCCUGGAGAGUUUAUACCAAACGUAGAUAAAACAACAUGCUUCUGGUCAAAGUUCUGUGGCA